CCCCGCCCCUCGCUCCGCCCCAGCGCCGCGCUUCGCCGGAGCCGCGGAAGCGCACAGCCGUCCAGCUUCCGGAAGUGCGCCGUAGCUGGCGGCGAGGGCCGAGCAUUGGCUCUCAUUCCACAACAUCCUAGAAGACACAGGUCUCUCCAGAGACUGCUCCAUCCUGGAAUCUGCUCACCUAAAAGGUCCUGUGAAGCCAGACAAUGCCUGUUGACUUGGGGCAGGCCCUGGGCCUGCUUCCUUUUCUGGCCAAGGCUGAGGAUGCCACAUUCUCUGGAUCAGAUGCUACCCAGCAAAGAGAGCUCGCCAGCCCUGAGACUGCUCGCCAGCUUUUCAGGCAGUUUCGUUACCAGGUAAUGUCUGGGCCCCAGGAGACCCUGAGACAACUCCGGAAGCUCUGUUUUCAGUGGCUGCGGCCAGAGGUUCAUACCAAAGAACAGAUCCUAGAGAUCCUCAUGCUGGAGCAGUUUCUGACCAUCCUCCCCGGGGAGAUUCAGAUGUGGGUGAGGAAACAGUGUCCAGGCAGUGGAGAAGAGGCAGUGACCAUCGUGGAAAGCUUGAAAGGAGAUCCCCAGAAACUGUGGCAGUGGAUCAGCCUCCAAGUUCUAGGACAAGAGAUUCCAUUCGAGAAGGAGAAUUGUGUUCACAAUAUAAUUAAGAAUAUUGAACUUUUGAGCAUUCUGAUGUUUUUCAUACCAAAAAUUCUCUUCCCCUUUCCCUGUCUUCUCCCCCUCCCCUUCUGUCCCCAGAGUCUGCUAGUUCCAGACUUUAUCACUCCUGGAGACAUUCCUGACGCUAGGUGGCAGACUUGCUUUAGAGCUCAGGGCAAGAAGCUCAUGGUGUCCUGUUACUGUAACAGUGGUGCUUGUAUUACUUCCUUCAAACUUCCCAAUAAGCUUAGUGCAGACAGCCAGCAGGAACAGUGGAGACACCUGGAUUCUACUCAGAAGGAACAGUACUGGGAUCUCAUGCUGGAGACCUAUGGGAAAAUGGUCUCAGGAGUAGCAGGCAUUUCCAGCUCCAAACCUGACCUGACUAACUUAGCAGAAUAUGGGGAAGAGCUGGUGGGGCUGCACCUCCACAGUGCUGAGAAGAUGGCAAGACCCCCCUGCAAAGGAGACAGACAAGAAAAUGACAAAGAGAACCUAAACUUGGAAAAUCACAGGGACCAGGGAUGUCUGGAUGUUUUCAGCCAGGCAUCAGAUGAGGCUCCACCCCAGACUGCCUUGAGUGAUUUUUUCGGUGAGAGUGAGCCGAAUCGUUUUGGAGGAGAGAGUGUCCCAGGGGCUCUGGAAAGCCUUCAGGGUGAGGGAACUGGGGCGCAUCUCUUUCCUCAUGAAAGGGGCUAUGGGAAACAGCUAGGUCAGCACAUGCAGAGCUCUUCUUUGGGAGAACUGUCUGCUUUGUGGCUAGUGGAGAAGAGAGAUGUCUCUCAGAAGGGACAGGCCAGAGCCCCCAUGGCCCAGAAACUGCCCACCUGCAGAGAGUGUGGGAAAACCUUCUAUAGGAAUUCACAGCUUGUUUUUCACCAAAGGACUCAUACCGGAGAGACAUACUUUCAUUGCCACAUUUGCAAAAAAGCCUUUCUACGAAGCUCAGACUUUGUGAAACAUCAGAGAACUCACACAGGAGAGAAGCCCUGUAAAUGUGAUUACUGUGGGAAAGGCUUUAGUGACUUCUCCGGCUUGCGCCACCACGAGAAAAUCCACACAGGAGAGAAACCCUAUAAAUGCCCCAUUUGUGAGAAAAGCUUUAUUCAGAGGUCAAACUUCAAUAGACAUCAAAGGGUUCAUACAGGUGAGAAACCUUAUAAAUGUACCCACUGCGGCAAGCAGUUCAGCUGGAGCUCCAGCCUCGACAAGCAUCAGAGAUCACACUGGGGGAAGAAGUCCCUCCCAUAGCCCCGCCCACAGGCACUACAGUCCAUUGCAACCCUGCUCAGCUCUGCCUGGAAGAACUUCGACCAGAAACGACCUCCUCCUCACUGUGUUGGAGGGAGAGGAGCUGGGUACCGUUUUGAUGUGGAGGGGAUGUUGUUCUGAGUUGAGUUUAGUUUUUCCUUUUGCACCAGGAAAAGAAAACAAAAACAGUUUAUGUUUGUUUCGGCUGGCCUCUUAUUUUGGACCCCGUGGGAAAGACAUGCCAUAUAGAUAAUGGCUUUAGUAGCUCUCCAAUGAAAGCCUUACUGGCUUCUAGAGCAGGCUGUCACAGAAGGGGAGGUAGGGUCACCUUCUGUGCAUGCCAUCCUUGUCAGACUGGUGACAGAGUUCCUGUCAAACUGUCCCUUAUUUGCAAUAAACUGAGCUGACUUGGUCUCUGUC